UGGGGCGCCAUUGGGUGAGCGCCGCCUCGGCCCCGCCCCCAGGCGCCGGCGCUUCCGUGUUCUCCGCGGAGCUGCGGCCGCUCCGGCCUGGGCGGAGGGGAUGGGGUCGCGGGAGCGUUUAAGGCAUUGAGCCCACCAGAGGGCACCAGGCACUGCUGGAAACCUCGGUGAGACUUCAGGGCUGUCGAAGGAGUUGAUGGUGUUCAGCUUAGAGAAGAGAAGGCUCCUGGAUAACCUUACAGCAGCCUUCCAGUACUUAAAGGGGGCCUACAGGAAAGCUAGGAAACAUUCAGCGCUGUCCUUGCUCACAAGGUGAUGCUGUGAGCACAUGAAUAGCGUGAGGGGACUCUUGGCUGCCUCUGUAAUUUCCAUCCAGAACUCCUGCUUCAUCUAUCCUGCGUGUCAAAAAUGCUUUUCUAGGCUGAUCCUGGAUUCAAGGAGGUUUCAUUGUCUAAAAUGUGGCUGCACAGGUGAAGCUAAAGAUGCAGGCUACAGAUAUCGAUUGUCCCUAAAGAUUGCUGACACUAAUGAUUUGUUUGACAUUACUGUGUUUGGAAGCUGCUUAGAUCCAUUUUUUGGGGUCACUGCAGAAAAUCUGCAGAGGUAUAUUCAAGACUUCAAUCAGCUGUCAGGAGAAACAAACACAGAUGCAUCUCCAGGAGUGUUAGUUCAAGCAGUGGAAUCCUGUUUCAUUGGAAAAAGAUUUAUAUUCGGAGUGAAGGGUUGUGCAAAUGGAGAUGGAGGGCAUUCUGCUGCCAGCAGCAUCUUGCAAAACUGUUCCAGAAUUAAUAGAAGCACAAAAAACCUUACAGCUUGCCAAAUCUUCCUGCCAAACACUGCUGUUACUGGCUUUACUGUUAUCAGCUACUUCCAUCGGCUUCUGCAAUCAGCAAAAUUCAGGAGCUCUAAUAACAGCUUGUACUUACUUGAUGCAUCUUUGGUUCCAGUAGAUGAACCUGUCGGUGAGCUCAGCAGCUUGUCCAGCCUGAGCAGAAACUCCUGGUCUGUUCAGUCUAGCAGCAGAGAAAGUUUUUUAGCAUCCUGGCAGCAGUCCUUCAGCCUGACUUCAUCUGUUGCUUGGGUAACAGCAGAAGACUUUCCCACUCUGGAAGUGGGAACACUAGUGAAUGAACCCCAUGCAAAAGAAGGGAAGCCUGUCUCUGAAGAAUCAUGCAGUGUAAGCUGCAAUGAUCAAAUUCUUUGCAAUUCACAGUUUUCCAGCUCUUCUGUGAAGGAAAGAGACAAAAAGGAGGGUAAUAAAUUGAGUUCACAGCCCAGUCAGACUGAUGAUAGCUCUGCAACUGAUAAGUUAGAGACAGUAUCCUCUUCAAAGACUGUGUGUUCACAUGGAAACAGUCACAGGUUGUUACAGCAUCCCUUGGAAUAUGGGGGGAAAAGCAUUUGCCCCAAAAUUAAUAAUAGAAAUUAUUCUUGCCCAGAAAAACCCCACAACUCCCUUUUUGACAAGAAAGAUGCCUUAGCUUCUAAUCACAUAAAUGUAGUGGAAGUGUCUCAGAUGGACUUGAUGCUGUGGGAUGAUCUCCCAUUCUCAGAAAGCCUCAAUGAGUUUUUAGCCAGAAUAGAAGAUGGCAACAGUGUUGUAACAUCACAUGGCCUUGUUGCAGGCAAAUUGGGUGUAAAUCCUCAGAAACUGUAUACCAGGCAAACCCUAGUAGCUGGUGAUUUGCCUGGAGUUAGCAUUUUAGGGCGGCUCUUGCCACCAGCAGAGAAUGACAGUGGGGAGAAUAUAUUCUAUGCUUGCUUUCAGACAAAUGCAAAUCCUCGGAGUGAUGAGGUCUCACAAUGUGAGUUUUCUUCUAGUGUUUCAUCUUCAGCUGACAAGGACUGUGGAGGAUCUUGCUUUAUACCUAACCCUCAGCUACCUAUUCUGUCUCAGUCCUCACCAUUUACGUCAGGGCCUUUUGUUUCUGAAGCAAAUAUUGACAUUUCAAAGCCAGCUUGGUCUUCUAGGAGUCUGCAGUCUACUGCUGAACACAGGGAAACCUCUUUGAAACUGAGCAAGGCAGCUACCUGUGUGCAUUCUGUGUGUGACAGCUGUUUAGCUGGGCAUGAAAAUAAAGAAAAUUGUUCUAUACCAAGUCAAAGAACAGAUCUAGCAUUCCCAGGGAUGUGGGACUCUGAUCCAGCAAUUCCCAGCAAUACAAGGAUCUAUAAAGAACAAUUAAAGCCACUGACAGGGCUGUCAGAAAAUACCUUCAAAAGUAUUACUAGGAGAGUGAAGCUGUGGAACAACAGCUUCCCUGAAGACAGCUACAAUGCUUCUGCUGAUCUCUUUGCAAGUGCAAGAGAGGUAGCAAAGUCUGUAGAAUUCUUAAAUAAGUCAUGUAAUUCUUUACUACAGGAAGAUACUCUGACAGAAAAGGUCACAGCUUCUGAAUCGAUGCUUUAUCCUGGAGAUGUUCCCUUUAACAGUUCAAAACCAAGCUCAUCCCGACGUAGAUCCCCUCCUACUUAUAGGAAGCACAGCACGCCAGUGCCUCACUCCUUUAGUGAUUUGGAAUGCAAUUUGGUUAGUGCUCCAGACUUUGUUCCAUGCUCACAGUCGACCCCUAUGACAAAACCUCUCCAGAAACUGUGGCCUGCUGGAGAGGCCCCAGUCUUCACCCCUAAAAAUCCCACAAAGACCCAUUUCAAAUGCAAGCGAACUCGGUCUUCCUUUCAGAACACUUUGCUGCAGGACCUUACAGGCAGGUUAGUGAAACGUGGAAGGCUGAGCAGCGGGGGAGACAAAGAAAGUAACAGCUCUGUUUCACAGCAGUCCCUUAGCAGCCGACUGCCUGCUGCCUUUGAGGAGUGGACCCCUCCUGCUGCGAGCAAAAGGUUAAAAACAACUGCACCUUUAACCUUGAAAUCAGUCAGCUGGGCUGCUGACUUGCAGCCAGCCUGUGGGCAUGCUGGCAGGAACACUGUUACUGAAAGCAAAGAGAAGAGUGAAAAUUAUGUGUGCUUCAGAACUGAGAGAUUCAACCCUGGGAAUGCUGACAGGGUACCAACAACUCCUGCAGCUGCAGGUGACACCAAGGCCUUGUUUUUAAACAGUACAGUCCUGGAAACUUGUUCCCCUACAGAAGGCGAGAAUCUCUUCUUGAAUGCAAAUUAUUCAAGGACUGUAUUAGAAGGGGCAAUAGGCUGGUCUCCGGAGUUGUUCUUCCAAGCAUGGAGCCCUUCUUCCAGUAAGCCAAAAUAGUAAAAGAAAGAUAUUUCUGUGCCAUGUUCUGUUGAAUAAUUUUUAAGAUUUUGGGGAAGGAGCCAGUUGAAGGAAAGAGCUAUUUAAAAAUGAUUAGAUUGUUUAUAUAGUUAUUGGAAUAUGCCUUCCUAAGCUGAGCUGUGUUUAUUUACAGAACUUUGUACCACAGAAACUGGGGGAAAAAACCAGAAUUUGCAGUAAUGUUAUUUUAUUGUAAAUUAACUUUAGAACCUGCAAUAAAAACUUUGUAAAUGUU